AUGAGAAAUCUACGUUUAUCACACUACUAUAACAUCGACCCGAAUGAUGUCUACGAAACGCGCAUACUAAUUAUCGUAUCGAUAAGAGCUUUGGGCGCUAGCAUGAAUUUCAGAGCUUAUAAGGUAACACGUAUCCGCAACAACGAUUAUCAAAAUCACCCCGAAGCGAAUGUAAAAACGUAG